CUGAAGAAGCUAUUUAAACAAGGAGGAAGUUUACUUAUAAAACAGCUGCUAUUAAAAUGCAGAACACUAUAUUUGUUUGUCAAAGAACAUUGGAGUAAAUGUGAAGCAUGAAAGUUGGGCAAAGGAUUGAGUAAGAUAUUUCAAAGUUUGAGACCAAGAAUACUGAAGGACCCUUGUGGAUGAUGGAGAGUAGUGUGAGAAGGGUUCUGGGGGCUGGUAUUGAGGUGCUGAGGGGAGAGCUGGAGGUGGUAGGCCUGGGGCUGGAGGAGCUGGGAGAUUGUCCCUGGAAGGAGGUGGAUGUUCCCCGCAUGGAGGGGGGCUGUACUCCCCUUAUCACUGCCUGCCAGAGGGGCUUGACUGAGGCCCAGACUGACCUAGCAGACGUGAACACUCAGAACCGCGACGGGCGGACCCCUCUAAUGCUGGCUGUGAGGGACGUCGACUUGUUUGAGGAGCUGGACGUCCGGUUGCCAUGGGAAUACAGACCUGUGGAGGUGGUCAGGGAACUGCUGGCUCUCUCAGCUGACUUGGGGGUGUGUGAUGUCAACGGCUGUUCUGCUCUUCACUAUGCUGCACAGAUAGAGAGCCCCCUGAAAGACGAACUCAUCCACAUGAUGGUUGAGUCCCUCAGACAGCCAGCGCCCACGCCCCUGGACCUGCAGUGCUUCCACCCUGAUGAGCUGAGAGUAAACUCCCCCAGCCCCUCUCCCUCUCUAACCGAUGAGCUGAGAGCAACAAAAUCCCCAAGCUCCUCUCCCUCUCUAACCGAUGAGCUGAGAGCAACAAACUCCCCCAGCCCCUCUCCCUCUCUAACCGAUGAGCUGAGAGCAACAAACUCCCCCAGCCCCUCUCCCUCUCUAACCGAUGAGCUGAGAGCAACAAACUCCCCCAGCCCCUCUCCCUCUCUAACCGAUAAGCUGAGAGCAACAAACUCCCCCAGCCCCUCUCCCCCUCUAACCGAUGAGCUGAGAGCAACAAACUCCCCAAGCUCCUCUCCCUACCUGACCCAAAAUGUCCUCAUUCAGACUGCUGCCGGCACAGAGGAUUUGCUGGAGUCUCCAGAGUGCGUUCCUUUAUCCGACCAUCAUAAAACCAUCAAUCAAGGUUGA